GCAUGCGCUGUUCAAUAGGAAUUGCUUCAAGUGCCCGGAUGUUUCGUCUAGAGUUGUCAAUAUCGAACUAAAAUAUUUAAUUGAUCGAAACAGAAAUACAAUUUUAGUUGAAAAUGGGAAAUGAAGCAUCACUUCCUUUGGAAUUAUGUUCAAACUUUGAUGCAGAUGAAAUUAAAAGACUUGGUAAGCGGUUUCGUAAAUUAGAUUUGGACAACUCUGGAUCACUGAGUGUAGAUGAGUUUAUGUCAUUACCAGAAUUACAACAGAAUCCUUUAGUACAACGAGUUAUAGAUAUAUUUGACACAGAUGGUAACGGAGAAGUAGAUUUUAAAGAAUUCAUAGAAGGAGUAUCACAAUUUAGUGUUAAAGGAGACAAAUUAUCUAAAUUAAGAUUUGCAUUUAAGAUAUAUGACAUGGAUAAAGAUGGAUAUAUAUCUAAUGGAGAACUGUUCCAGGUGCUUAAAAUGAUGGUAGGAAAUAAUCUCAAAGACACUCAGCUUCAGCAGAUUGUAGAUAAAACCAUUAUACAUGCAGAUACUGAUGGUGAUGGCAAAAUAUCAUUCGAGGAAUUUUGUUCUGUCGUUGGAACUAUGGAUGUUCAUAAGAAGAUGGUAGUUGGUAAAAUUUGAAUAUUUAAAUGUAGUCUUUGAAUUUUUCCAUGACAUUUUUUUUGUCAGUUGACAAAUCCAUUUAUGUAUUUUUGCGUAAUUAUUUUUCAUAUUUUUACAAUUUCAUAACUCCUUUGUUCACAUAUAGAACUAAGUGUUUGUAAUUGUUGCAGUUUUAUGAAAAUUUUUGUGUGACAUUUUUACCUUCCUAGUACGAAUCAGGUUGAUUAGUGUACCUAUUUAGUCUAUUGUAAAUGAUCCAGAUUACAAACUAAUUUCAUAAUAUCAAGCAGCUAGUCAUUGAUUUAGGACCUAAGUUGUUUAUUUCAUAGAGUCUCAGUUUGCAACAAUUAGUUACAUUUGAUAUUUUUUCAUUAUUUGCCUAAUUUACAUGUAAUGGUGGUACCUAAGAUCUGCUCAAGUGUGAAUCAAUGAAUUAUAAUCUUGCUUGCAACAUAUUUCCAUUUAUAUGUCAGGACAUUUUGUAUUGUUUUCAUUUUACUCCUGUAAAUUGCUUCUUUAUACUAUAAAUAGGCUUAAAUGAAAUCUAAGAUAGAAUGUGGCUUUUAAUAUAUUGUGUUACUAAAAAUCCUUUUCAACCUAUUUGGGCCAGAAUAAUCUUUUAAUGUUGUUGGAAAAAAUAGUAAAAGUUGAUAUAAAUCUAUUCAAAAAAACUUAAAUAUGAAACUUUAAUUAGCAAUGACAUUGUUUAUUUUCAAAAUUGUAUUGCAUUUUAGACAGAAUAACUUACUAUAUGUUAGGACAAAUAGUAAACCAACAAAAAAAAGCUAUGAACACCAAUUUCUUGGUGUUCAAUAAAAAGUUUUGGGAAUAUGUAAGCUCCAAUGGAAGGAGACAUCUGAAGAAAAUUGAAUAAGGUUGUAUAUAAAGAAAAAAUAUACUCAUGAAACACUACAAUUUCUUAUAGUAAAAUAUAAGUCUAUUAAAUGUCUGCCAUAUUGUGCAAGGGAUUUUAAAGCUUUGUGGGAAAUAUGUACAGUAAGAAGAAGGAAUGUUUAAAUUAUGUAACUAAAACAUUUCAUCACAGUUACAUUUGUAAGAUAGCCAUUGUUCAUUUGAAUUUUUCACUAAUUUAUGAGGCUUUUUACAUAUCAUUGAAUAUGGAAUAUUGUUGAAAUAAAUUAAAUGUGCUCAUCGAAUACAGCAUAUAUUUCCAUAAAUGUACUUAAAGAAAAUGUGUCUAUCAAGGCUUAAAUGUAUUAUAAGAAACAUUAUUAAUAUUCUUCUUUUCUUUUUCAAAAAUAAUGGGCAAAUUAUUUUCAUCCUUUUGUUUAAAAGGAACAUAGGACUAGCAUAAAACUUGGAAAAAUUUGAAUGGUCGAGGGAAAAAAGUGAUAUCACAAAAUAACAUCAGAUAAAUAUGUUAGCAUCACAUGAUUUGGCAUACUAUUCUUUUAUUUUACAUGAUGAUACUGAAAAAUCAUUCUUUUGCUACUACCCAAUCUAUAAAAGUCAGAAAAGUCUUAAACACUUUUGGGGAUUUUGUUUCUCUACUCAAUGGUAUAGAUCGUCUAAGCCUUAUUUGGUACAUCUUCUGAAACUUUGUAUGACAUCUUUUACACCUAGAAAGACACUUAUUGUUUCAAUUUUCUUAUUUAAAUAAGCUGACAGGUGAAUUACAAGUAAUUCACCUUAAAAAGUGAAUAUGGUUUCGAUUGGAUAAAGGUUCUUGUACGGGCAGAUAUUACUGUAUAGUCAGAUAGUUAGAGACAUAUCAUAGUACGAAAAACUGUUUCAGACAAUUCCUUUUUUUCUAAGAACUACGUAGGUGAAAUAAAAAUUCUUUAAAAGGCACUAAUGCAGAUCCAUUAAAAAGUUACCCAAAUAUAAGCCUGUUGUUACCCUUCUUAUGUCUACACAGAAAACAUUUCUUUUUUAUACGAUUUAUAUUUCUCUGUUUAGUUCAAACCUCUAAAGCUUUAAAAUUUAUGACAAUGAAAUGCAACUACAAGUCAUUUGACAUAAAUGUUAAAAACAAAAGAAGCCCAUUCUUGUCUGUUUCAUGUAUUUGUUCUAUGUCAAUAGUAAAUUUGGGCAAAAUUUUUCAGUGAAUUGUGUGAUAACUUUGUUAUAUAACUUCAUUAAAAACCAGUUUUUAGUAGAAAUAAAAGCAGUUAUAAUAGUAAAACAACACACACCAAAAAAUUCCGCAGAAUUUUUGGAUAUUUUUGAAUUAUAAAUAUAUUUGAAGUAAUUCCAUGAAGCUAUACUUAUGGAACCUUAAAACUUGUACAACUAUUGUAACAUUUUAUCCUUAUCAGUACAUGUACUAACUAUAUGUUAUAUGUGCCUAUAAACUGUUCUAAAAUUGACAAAAAAAUACAAAGUUCUAUCUAUGGGUCUUAUAUUGUAUUUUAUAAUUGUUAAAUUGUGUUUGUUUUUUGCUAUAAUCAUCAGUUUGUAAACUGGACAUAUUUUAUUGUGAUUAUAAAAUGUUUUAAAUGUUUGAACAAAUGGAUUGUUACAUAUUUUGUUUUUGUUUUUGUUAUUAUUUUUGAGACAAAGAUUGCUUUAUACAUUAUUCUUUGCUCUAUUCCUUGCUGUACAGAUUGCUUUGAACAUAUUAGUUAUACAAUAUAAUUUGUCCCUCUGAAAGUUCACACAUUAUUCACACUGUUAUUUAUUUCUUCACAGAAAAAUCACAUAUUUUAGAAAGUUUAUUACAUGGAUAAAAAAUAAUAUUAAUUAACAUGCAUAUAUUGGAAUGAUGAUUAACUGUGUAAAAACAUUGACACGCAAAGGUUGAAAUGUAUGGUCACCAUUGUAUUGAAAAACAAAUAUAAUUUUAAUUGUGAUGUCAAGGUAAACUAAUAAAUUGUAGUUUGUAAAAUGAUUAUAUAAAUCAUCAUGGGUAGUCAUGGUCGUUUAAAAACACCUUUGUCGUAAUAUAAGACAUGCUUUUUGGAAUAAUAUUGCAUGCUCACGAUAGAAAAGAGAUUUAUAUUAUCGUUCAUAUUUUAUUACUGAAUUGCCAACUGUAAUUUACUGUUCAAUUAUUAAUGACCUGUAAUAGUAACAGUUUGAUAGUCACUUUUUCUAGCCAGUUUUAGAACAAAAAUAAAUAGAACAAUUUGAUUUAAUGAUUUUUAUGCAUUCCAGGAAAUUCUGAAAUGAUUUUGUCUUUCAAGUUUAUAUCUGAAGUUUACUUAGCUAUUGUAUAGCAAAUAUUUAUCCUACAAAGUAUCAACAAAUUUUUGUAAUUUUUUUUGCUCAUGUCAUUUGUAUUUGAAUGAUAGUUGCAUAUUUUUGUGUAUGUUGCUUUUUUUUUUCAGUCUAGUAUUUUUAUUCUGCAAAAUUAUUAAAAAAAAAUUUGUAAAAAGUAGUAUUAAUUAUGCAUAGAAGUCUGUAAAUGAAAAUCAGGGAUUAGACUGAAUGCUGCUUUAUAAGAAAUUUAAAGUCACCAAAUAGUGAGCAGCAGAUACUAUGAUACUGUGAAGAUAUGAUAAUUUUGAACACUAGGAGUUUUUUUACAAUGAUUUUUAUUAUAAUGCAAAAUAUACAGCUUUUUUGUGGACUUAAUGACUAAAUGAGUUUCUACUUUUUGCUACUCUUUACAAUUGUAGGCACUAAAUAUAAUUUUCUCAUUUCACUGAAGUCCUGAUCGUUUCUUAUAAUAGCUGUUUCUGCUGUAUAUACAGAAAUGUAGUAACUUUUUUUUUUGCUUUCUACCUCUCUUGUAUAUUUAACUGAAUGGAAUUGAUAUACCUCAGAAUUAAAUCAAACACAGAUCUUAGAACACACAAGGAUGUAUAUCUGCUUUAUAUAAGACACCUUAUACCUAUAAAUCAUUAUAUCUGACUAUGGGAGUAAUUGUUUAUGCUCAUUUGUUAGUCUUUUUGUGAAGGAUUGUUGUGAAUGCUGGAUGUCAUUCCUUACUUCGGAAAACAAUAAAGCCAUUAACAUGUAGUUUUAGAUUUAGGUACAUCAAAAAAGUUAUUAUAACAAGUUUGCAAUGUCAGGUGGUGAUUAAAAGCUCUUAUUUGAAUAAUAAUUAAAUAACAUGCUCCGAUAAUUAUAAUGUUGAAUUGACAAAAAAUCAUGAUACAAUAACCAACCUAC